AUGAUCAUCGAACCACGGGAAAAAAACGACCAAGAGGCAGUCCGUUUUGUGAACCCUUAUCUGCAGCUGAACGUCGGGUUGUGGUCCCUGUUUGCUGGUGCAACCAUCUUCCUCGCACUGCGCCUCUGGUGUAAGAUCACGAGGCGCCAUGGCCUGUGGUACGACGACUAUAUUCUUAUAGUAUCUUGGUCGGUGCUGCUCGCAAACAACAGCCUCAUCAUCUACGAAUUCGCGACCGGCUAUGUACUCGAAGACUCGUCCAAGGCAUGGGACGACCGCAUGCACAUUCUCAUCAACAUAUCAUCCUGCGGCACGUUGAUAGGCCAGGCAUGGACCAAGACGGCCUUUGGAGUGACGCUUAUCCGGAUGAGCAAUCAAUGGCAGCGAUGGAUCUUGUACUUCUGCAUCGCCACGAUGAACAUCUACAUGGUCGCCAAGGUCUUCAUCCAGUGGGGCAAGGUCUGCGGCAGCAAAUCUUACGACAACGACUAUCGACUCCAGUUCUGCCUCGACAAGCAAACCCGUAACGACGUCAAGGAGGGCGGAAAUGUUUACAACAUCAUCAUGGAUUUCGUCUUUGCGUCUUUCCCAUGGUUUAUCACCCGCUCACUGGAGAUGAAGCGUGCCGAGAAAAUCGGCCUCUGCAUCACGAUGAGUUUGGGAAUGAUCGUCGCUAUUGUUUCGGCUAUCAGAGUCAGCUGGAAAGAUAGCGGUAAUGACCGCGACCCUUGGUACAUCUAUCGCAACGGAGUGUCCCAGGUUUGGUAUUCAUCCGAGAUUACUGGCACCAUCAUCGUGCAGUGCAUCCCUAUCCUUCGUCCAAUUCUCCGCGAGAUCCACACGUCCCUGACGUCCAAGAAACUCGGCUCCUCCACGACUGACCGCCGCAGCACGGCGUUCGGAAGCAAGACCAGCAGCAAAAAGCGGGUGUCGGGCGGCGCCCAAGCCGACGACAAGCACGCGGGCGAGAGGAUCGCGCUGCAGGAGAUUCCCGAGGAGUACAGCGACGACAAAACCCACUGGGGCUCCAGCCCUCGCAUGCCCUCCUCGGCGACGCCGUUCCAGACCGAGUUCAAGCCGCGGCCGCCCACGGCGCCGCUCCCCGGCUGGGGCAGCGAUGCAGGAUCAUCAACGUUAUCGCCACACGAGACGGAAUUCAAGCCGCGUCCGCCCACAUCGCCGCUGCCUAGCUGGGGGUCCUCGAGGGGCAGCAAUGCAGGACCAUCGACGAGAUCAGCACACGGCACGGAAUUCAAACCGCGGCGGCCCACGUCGCCCCUCCCUAGCAAGCGGGCGUUAUUGAGCAGCGAUGGGCGGCCGACAUUGUCCCCAUACAACACGGCAUUCAGGCCUCGCACGCCUACGUCGCCGCGCCGGCCGGCGUCGCCGCUCCCCGAAUUGUGGCCGUUGUCGGGUAACGAGGGCCCGGAUCUGACAGUCGGCUCCUACAGCCUUGGCAAGAGCCUGGAUUUCGACUUGGACCGUUCGAAAGCUUUCUUAGACGUCGAACUAGGAGACGUUCAACAAGGACUAUCGCCGCCGCCGCCUCGCAGGACAUCUUAG